UCCCCUCCCCUCCCCUCCCCCGCGGAUCAGGUUCCGGGAUCAGCCGGCUGUCGCGGUGUAAAGGUCGGCGGCGAGAGUAGGGGGAGGGCGCCUGACACCCUCAGACAGACAGACACAGCCGGCUGCAGCUCCACAGGGUCCGCUAUGUCGGCCGAGACUCCGACCUCUGUCGAACGCUACCGAGCCGCCAUGUUACUCAGCGCAGCCGGGGAUUCCCUUGGAUAUCGGAACCAACGAUGGGAAUACUGUGAGAGUGGACCCCAGAUACACCAGGAGCUUGCCGAACUGGGGGGUCUCGCUGCCAUUGAAGCCCGUCUCCCCGACUGGAGGGUUAGUGAUGACACCGUGUUACAUCUUGCCACGGCAGAGGCACUCAACUCAGGGAAGGAGGGCGAUGAUCUUAUGCAGGAAUUGGCGUUCCGAUAUGUGGAAGCGAUGAAGGACAUGGAGGGCAGGAAGCCGGGGCCCACGAGCAUCCUUGGGACAUCACAGCUGCGCCCUGGAGAGGUCGGAGGUCACUGUAUUCCCUUUAACCCCCGGGCCCAGGGGUGUGGAGCGGCCAUGAGGAGUAUGUGUAUUGGUCUCCGGUUCCCAAGGGCAUCGCAGUUGCCGGACCUGAUUCGUGUCAGUGUGGAGAGUGGGAGAAUGACGCACCAUCAUCCAACUGGGUACCUGGGCGCUCUCACCUCUGCGCUCUUCACCUCAUUUGCAGUACAGGGCCGCCCACCAGAGGAGUGGGGUGCGGCCCUCCUUGAGACCCUGCCCCUUGCCCAGGAGUACGUCCGCUCAAGUGGGAUGGAGGUGCCGCAGAACCUCGACGCCUGGGACUUCUUCCCCGAGAAAUGGAGGUGGUACCUGAGGCAGAGGGGGCUGGAGGCAGGUCGCGGGCCACCUCGGUUCCCGGAUCCGUAUGGCGUGGAGGAGAGGGACCAGGAAUACCGGAGAUUCAGCCUGGAGAACUGGGCCGGCCGCAGUGGACACGAUGCCCCUAUGAUUGCCUAUGAGGCCCUGUUGGGGGCAGGGGACUCCUGGGAGCAACUGUGUGGAUGGGGCAUGUUCCAUGGAGGUGACAGUGACUCGACGGGGGUGAUUGUGGGCUGCUGGUGGGGGCUGCUCCACGGACUAUCCGGGGUUCCUGCCGGCAAUUACCAGUUCCUUGAGUAUAGGGAGCGUCUGCUUACUGCGGCUGAUCAGCUUCACCGAGCGGCCUGGGGCAGGGACACCAAGUGAG